AUGGUCCAGUCCAAAGCAAGUCUCAACUUCUCGAUUGACGCUCUUCUGAGAGCCGACCGCCCUUCGUCGAGCUCAUCCAAAGAUCCGCUAUCUUGCUUGCCGGUCUUUCUCGGCCCUCGAUUCUUACAGUAUUCUCAGACAUCCGCUUCUCCUCUCUCAUUAGCUGACGGCUCGUUGAGCCCUGGACAAGGUAAUUUCUCGUAGCAGCCAGAUAUCACUUCAACCUCCGAAUGGGACUUCUAAAUGAAGUCAAAUACCACAUUUGAUUUUAAUGCUGUUUUUGAAUCUUCGACCAAAAGUCUCCAUGUGGUUCUAAAAUAGAUCUAUUCAAGGUCGAGUAAAUAAUUGAAGAUUGCUUUUCAAACUAGUAGUGAUUGGUUGUGGUGUUUUGGCUACAUUCGAAAUUGAAGACAAGAAGAAGCACGAAUGUCAUGUCUGUGGGAAGACGUUCAACGCCCACUACAACCUGACGAGACACAUGCCAGUCCACACAGGCGAACGUCCUUUCACCUGCAAAGUCAGUAUUGUGUCCGAAUUUUUUUUUUUAGUUUUCGAUUUUCAUUCCAGGUUUGUGGCAAGUCUUUCCGUCAAGCUUCAACAUUGUGUCGACACAAAAUUAUCCACACAGAUAUCAAACCUCAUAGGGUAAGACUUCUCUAGUAAGACCCAGUAACACUUACCUACCGCAAGUUUUUAUCCUUUUUUUCAGAAAAUUUGGAAUAACGUGAACUUAAUGUAAUUGGAACUGAAAAUCAGAGCUAAAUUAUAAUAUUUCAUUGAAUUAAAUUUUUUUUUCCAAUCUAAUUUUUUUUCCAAUUUAAAUAAUUGUAAUGCGCGAUUUUCCCGCAUGAUUUCGCGUUUGUCAAUGUGUUUGAGGAAAAAUUCAGCUAAACCUUUCAUUCACUUGCAAAAUUGUAAAAAAGCGGCACACUCACUGGUCAGAUCUGCCGUUACAAGUAAUGAAAAAAGAAACCGUGGAGCAGUUUUUUCCGCAAACAAAACGAAAAAUGUAUCCGCUUCGCCACCGCAAGCGAAACUACCAAAAAAGGCUUUCGAGUAAGUGGCAAACGCAGUAUGUGUGAAAUUUACACUUUUUCCGUCUACAGUAAUCAGUCUCUACUAUGAGACAAACGGUUGAAAGCCUUGGAAAAGUGUCACCUUGGGCCGAUAAUCCGAUCAAACGGCACCCAACCACUUGACUCUCUUCAAAAAUCCACGGCGACCUCAUUUUUCAUGUCAAAUCUCAUUAUUUUUUGCCUUUUUGAGAGCCAGAAUCUGUUUUCGAGAACGUUAUUAAAAUAUUUUGGAUUUCAGUGCAAAACAUGUGGAAAGUCCUUCAACCGAUCUUCUACUCUGAAUACACAUCUUCGAAUUCAUCAAGGCAAGACCUGAAGGUUUUCUCGGAACUUUUCCUCUUUCAGGCUACAAGCCUUUCACUUGCGACGUUUGUGGGAAAGGCUUUCAUCAGAACGGCAAUUUCAAGAACCACAGAUUGACGCACGAAGACACCAAGCAGUACACCUGCACCAUUUGCAACAAGGUGAGAGGAAAAUGGAUGAACUAUCGCCUUUCACCGGCAAGCCUUCUGUUUUGAACCUUGAACCUAAUAAAUGUGAGCUAUUUAAUUUUUUGGGCAUUCCACCAGUCGUACAACCUGGCGUUCCACAUGUUCACGCACAACGAGGUGAAGCCGUUCACGUGCUCCGUUUGCGGCAAGGGCUUCUGUCGGAACUUCGACCUCAAGAAGCACCACCGAAAGCUUCACAACGAUCCUUCCAGGAGCCACAAAAAGAGCUUCACUUGA